AUGGGGAUCCAGCGGGAGGGGGGAGAGACUGGCUUGGUGAAGAGCCGAAAAGAGCUGUUGGGGGCAGGGCGUGUACGAUUUGUAGCUGCUAGAGUGCACAUGGUACGGAAGACAGACGAGGUGACGGUACUGCUGUAG